AUAUAAGUAAAAUCAGACCGAAUGGAAAGCGCAGGAUGUACAUUUGUUUUGCUUGUUUUUUCCGCAGGUGAAACGCUCACACACCUGUGUGUCACGUGAGCCACAUGACUGUGACGUCAUCGAUCUCCAACUUUCAUUUCAAGUGUUUUAUGGCAGUGAAAACUUCUGCGUACUGAAAAAAUGGGAUGUUGUUUCUCCUCUCCCGAUGGAGACGAUGAGAGAGAACCUUUGAUUCAGUCCAACAAUAAAACAACAACGGAGUCUGCAAGACCCCCACGACCAGCAGCUAACGAUGUAGUAGCUCAGAGGAGAGGCAGUUUUGCUGCUCGUCGUGUUGGUGUUGAUGGUCUCGAUGAGCGAUUCACUGAUGUUGCAGAAACGUUCAACAAACAGCAAGAAGACUAUAAAAUGAUGAAGAGCAAGCUUCAGACUCUUGCAAGCCGCUAUCACUGUCCAAUAAAUGACAGUCUGUCUGAAUGCCUGAGGAAAAUCAAGGAGAAACAUGAGCUCUGUCACAUCAGUCUGGAGGUUAAAGGAUACGACUUCAGUCUGAUGGUGAGAUCAGAGGCCGAAAUCCCCAGCGAACUGAAGCAGACGCAGGAGAACGUUACUGAGCUGAGCCGAGCCACCAAAUCCGUCACCUCCAUCAGCACCAAACUCCGCGAAAUGAUCGACUCGCUUCUGAGAGAUGAGAACAGCAUGAUCAGUCAGAUCCAAGAUGCUGUAUCCAGACACCAGGAGCAGAGGAGGCUGCUGGACAACCUGCAGGAAAACCUCAGUGAGGCUCGGAGAGCCAAAGAACUAAGUCCGAAGUACAGGAAAGAGGCUGGAAAUCUCCUCAAUGAGGCCGCAUUGCUCUCUGGAAUCACACCGUGAACUGACUUUCUCUCUUAAUGUGAGCUAAUAGAUAUAGAAUAUUUUAUAAUGAUAAACCCUGAAUAGAAGACUUUAUUCCAAAAGUGGGAAAUUGCAGUGUUGCAGCAUGAAAUAUACAGUAGAUAAACACAAUAGCAGUACAAAUAUACAAUAUACAAAAAAUAAUAUUAGAAUUAUAUUAUAAAAAACAUAACGUGUAUGUACUAUAGUACAUAAAACCUGAUCAGAGCAGUUGCGCAAGUAGCCUAAUAAAUAAUAUGUCUUGGCUGAUGAAGGACUAUGUUCUGUUUUCAGUAUUUAAACGUUAUUAAAGAUCUAUAUUUGUCCAGUAUCAUCUUAUUUAAAAUAUAAAUGUCAUUUUAACUAAUUUUAGUGUCUUGAUGAUAAUAAAACACCCCUGUUUGAGAACAAAUAGUUUAACAUUGGAAAGCAUAAUGAAGGGAUUUGUUAUAAGUUAUGUGUAUUUUAGUAUAUUAGUUUAUUAAAGCACUUAGCUACAUACUUCGUAAUCAGUCCUCCUAAUGUGAAAAUGAGCGUGAAUAUGAAUAUUGAUCUUAAAUCUUGAACACUUUGCCUUUGUAACAUUUUCUUCUAUUGGUUUAUAUUUUGUAAAUUAAUAAUUGAAUUAUUUUAGAAUGAUUGCACCUGUUAAACAUUCAUUAACCAAAUGUUUAAAGUGUAUCAUUUUUGUAGAUACUUUUUGUUUUAGCACAUAAUAAAUAAAAGUUAAAUAUG